GGCUGGUUUAAAAGGGCGAACGCUGACGAACGCUGCAUUUCCCAGGAGGCAGUGCGGCUGUGAUGACGUCUUUAUCUCGCGACAAGCACCACUCCACGGCUAAGCAUUGCUAACAAACAUUAAUACAUUAGCAAUUAGCGUUUGUUGAAGUAGUCGGAGCAGUUUAAAUAGUUUAUAGGAUAAUUGUGUGCUUUUGUAUUCGUCUCCUGGAGUCUUAAACUUCGAGAUGUCUCUGGCAGACGAGCUCCUGGCAGACUUGGAGGAGGCGGGCAACGAGGGCGAGGAUGGUUUGUACCCAGAAGGAGAGGAAGGUGACAGCGAUGGAGAGGCCUCCCAGGGGAGGACCGACGGCGGUCUGGAAGACAUCCCGGAGGAGAUGGAAGUAGAUUACAGUAAGGCUGACAGUGUUGCAUCCAUCGCUAAACUCCGGCACAGCAAACAGUUUUCAGAGAUCAUUGAGAAGAUAUCGGCCUAUGUCGGAAAGCAGCGGAAGAAUUCAGAUGUCUCAGGACCCGUGGAGGCCGACCCAGAGUACAGGCUCAUCGUGGCGGCCAACAAUCUGACGGUAGAGAUCGACAAUGAGCUGAAUAUCAUUCACAAAUUUACACGGGACAAGUACUCCAAGAGGUUCCCAGAGCUGGAGUCUUUGGUGCCAGACUCUCUGGAUUACAUCCGCACAGUCAAGGAGCUGGGAAACAACCUGGAAAAGUGCAAAAACAACGAGACUUUGCAGCAAAUCCUGACCAACGCCACCAUCAUGGUUGUAAGCGUGACGGCGUCCACCACGCAGGGCUCGCUGCUGAACGAGUUGGAGCUGAAGCAGCUGGAGGAGGCGUGUGACAUGGCCCUCGAGCUCAACCAAUCCAAACACGCAAUCUACGAAUAUGUGGAGUCCAGAAUGUCCUUCAUCGCCCCCAAUCUCUCCAUCAUUGUUGGGGCUUCCACAGCUGCCAAGAUCAUGGGUAUUGCUGGAGGCCUUACCAACCUGUCCAAGAUGCCCGCCUGCAACCUGAUGCUGCUGGGAGCCCAGAGGAGAACGCUCUCUGGGUUCAGCAGCACCUCCCUGCUGCCUCACACCGGCUUCAUCUACCACUGUGAUGUGGUGCAGACACUGCCACCUGACCUCAGGAGAAAGGCGGCUCGCCUGGUGGCUGCAAAGUGCACACUGGCUGCAAGAGUGGACAGCUUCCACGAGAGCUCUGAUGGGAAGGUUGGCUACGACCUGAAAGAAGAAAUUGAGAGGAAGUUUGACAAAUGGCAGGAGCCCCCGCCUGUCAAGCAGGUCAAACCUCUUCCUGCACCGCUCGAUGGACAGAGGAAGAAGAGAGGAGGAAGGAGGUAUCGAAAGAUGAAGGAGCGACUGGGCCUGACGGAGAUCAGAAAACACGCCAACAGGAUGACCUUCGCAGAGAUCGAAGACGACGCGUACCAGGAGGACCUGGGCUUCAGUCUGGGUCAGCUGGGGAAGAGCGGCAGCGGGCGCGUCAGGCAGGCGCAGGUCAAUGACGCCACCAAGGCCAGAAUCUCCAAAUCCCUCCAGAGGACGCUGCAGAAACAGAGCAUGACGUACGGCGGGAAGUCUACGGUGAGAGAUCGCUCGUCAGGAACCAGCUCCAGCGUGGCCUUCACUCCUCUGCAGGGCUUGGAGAUUGUCAACCCACAAGCUGCAGAGAAGAAGGUGGCCGAAGCCAACCAGAAAUAUUUCUCCAACAUGGCCGAGUUCCUCAAAGUCAAAAAGGAAUCCAAGAUGUAAACAAGAUGGUUUUGGUUUUUACUUUGUUGUAUUUCAAUAAAUUGUUUUUUUAACUGAA